GCGACGUUGCCAGAUGCCAGUCUCCUUAGGACGGGGAAAAAUACAUAUUGACAAAUAUUGAUGAUUCUCGUGUACAUUAUUAAAAACUCAAUGAUUUUCUUUUGUUCUAGGUUACCAGCUUGCUACUAGAAGCUGAAAGGCGCAAGCUGAAUGUGCUCCAAAAGGAACUACAAGAAGCGUUGGAAGAAGGCGGAUCUAUCAAGGCCAAGGAACACCAAAAGCAAGAGUUGCUAGCUGCCAUAGCGCGGAUUCAGCUGCAGUACGAGCAUCUAGAGAAGGAAUACCAAGACAACGCUCUCGGCGCAUUGAUUUCUGCCAACACUAGGGCAUCGGGAAAGACCGAGAAAAAAGUCGCGGAACCUCCAAAGCAGUCUCAAAGUGUAGACCCGCCUGCUGGCGUUGAUACCAACGUCAAGUACGAUCAGCAGUCUUCGACGUACGUCAGUGAGAAAUGUGAUAAAUUUAGUUCUAAGUUUGAGGCGUACAAGAAAGAAGUUGUGCUUCAAAAAACACCUCAAUCCCCGAGCACCGUCUGUUGUAGCAUCCUGUCGAACGCGACCACAGAAUGUUGCGGGAUGAUCAACGUAAACAACAAAGCGUUCGCCGGGAAGAGCAUAACGAAAAUAGACUCGCUGGAUUCGAAUUCCUCGGAUUCGGGUGGCUUCAAAGACUUUGUACAGUUAGAUUUAAACAAACCGCCUUCCCCCGAGCCCGAGAAACCUCCAAAUCACCGACGCAAAGCCUCUCAACCGGAUUUCUUCGACAGCAAACUCUACAGCCACCAGAGGAAAGCUUCCCAACCUGAGGUGAGGCACACGUUCAAACAUCAACAGCUUAAAGCGAACGCUCAAGCUUUAGAGCAGUUCUUACCUCAGAAAGAGCAAAAACUACUGCACGAGGAAGAGUUCAGACAGCAAAUGUCGAAGCUGUCCGUAAACCAAAAGACUGAAGAUCAACCGAGACCAAUGAAGAAACCGAUCCUAGCUCAAGGUCAAUUUCAACAGUCAACGAAAAAACUCGAGGAGCUCCUAGCUCAAAGACUGGAAAAGGAGAAAGCCGUAAAGAAGGGGCAAAGUUGUGUCGUGGACGGUGAGAGCAGCGGGGAUACAGAGCAGAAGAUGAUCGUUCAAAGACAGAUCCAUCAGAAGUUGCACGCCGAUUUGCAGCAGACUGUCAAGCAGAUCCAGGAGAUACAGAGUAUUGAGUUGAGGUUGCCGCAGAAUAGGAAGUGGAAUGAGAGCAGUAGAAGUCAACCUGCCAUUGGACUUAAACAUACUCCAAAAUCACGGGUAAGUCAGAAAACACAGAACAUGUUACUAUUUUUCCGUGAAUUGUGCUGCUUGAAAUAUAUCACAUUUUUAUAUUACUUUCUUCCAGCAACGUUAGAUAGGAUGAUUCUUGAGUUUUGA